AUGCUGGAUAAGUUGGAAGAUGAUCAAUUUGUACAUUGGUGGUCGAUAAAUCCUUACUACCCUUUCACUGACCAAGGUGAAUGGGAACUGGGGAAAUUCUUGGUCGAAAACCUUAACCAAACCCAAAUUAUGAAGUUCCUGAAGUUGAAAUGGUUUGAUGCUUCGAAUCGUGGAAGACCAUCUUUUACUAUGAAGGAUCACCUCCUGGACUGGAUGGACUCACUUCCUUCUUUUACCGCAUGCAAAGUCUCCAAGUUAGAGUUUAAAGGCUAUAAGACUGUCCAUCCCAUGGAGCUCGUUAUCCAGCAACUUUUUAGUGAUCCGAUGUUUGCUAACCACAUGACCUUUAACCCCUACAUUGCCAACGUUAAAAAUCACCGUGAAUACGGAGAUUAUAUGAGUGCCAAUAUGGCAUGGAAAAUCCAGGACUAUCUCCCGUUGGGUGCGACUCAAGUCCCAAUUAUCUUGGGAUCAGAUAAAACUCCUGUGACGCGACUCGCUGGGGGAAUUGAGAUGCACCCAGUCUUUGUUACCAUUAGUAAUAUCGAUUCCGAGGUCCAUUCCAAGGCGACAUUACAAGCUUGGUGCUGCGUGGCCUAUAUUCCCAUUGUAAAGUUUCACAUUCACCAAGAAUACCAGUCCAUUCUGCAGGCCAGACUAUGGCAUAAAUGCAUAGACCUCGUCUUUGCAAACCUCAAGGUCACAGCAAACAAUGGCUGCUUCAUGCCUGAUCCCUCCCGCUACAUUCGCCAUGUAUUUACGCCACUUGUCGCUCAUUCUCAAAAGGUAGCCAAAGUCAUUAACUUGUCUGGUGUUCACAUGCCAUACUGGCAUGAUUGGAAGUUUGCAUGUCCAUCCGUCUUCCUUGCCGGCAAGGUGCUGCACACCUGCCAUAAGUUCUUCACAGACCACCCACUAAAAUGGAUCAAAGAAGCUCUAGGAGACUAUGAGCUCAAUACUGACUUCAUGGUCCAACAUAAGCAGGUCGGAAUGUGCCAUUUCACAAAAGGUAUCACACAUAUUAAUCAAAUGACAGGCUGGGAGCAUAGAGACAUCCAAUGCACUAUUGUUGCGUCAAUUGCAGGGGCCAUCCCACACAGAUUCAUCUGUGCAAUCUGUGCCCUUGUAGACUUCUUUUACCUCACUCAAAAUCCAUCAUUGGUGCAGGCGCUUUUGGAUUUCCACUCUUUUAAGGAUGCUAUCAUCCAGGCCAAGGCAAGGAAGGGGAAGAAGGGUCUUUUCCAAAGCUUUCAUGGUACAAUUAAGAAAUUGGAGAAUUUGAUGCAGUUCUCUGCAGAUGUGACAGAGUGGUUGCUCAUCACACAUUGCAAGAACCUUUUCCCAUGGACGUCCCAGAAAAUCAAGGAUUUUACAGAGCAGUGUGUGUGCAUUCUCAACCGCCAAGAGUCAAUGGAAAUCUUUGACCUGGCGUCACUAGUUAAUGCUAUACAUGCUGAAGAUGAAGAUGUCACCAUUGCCAAUCCUGCACUCUCUUGGGUUUCCCGAGUUCUCCUUCAUGAAGUCAAGUCAAUUCAUGGAGAUGCACUCACCGCUUUUCAACUCAAUGUCAUGCCUGAUUACAAGUUGCUGUCAGUGUUUGACAUGCGCACAAAAUAUGCACUCCUAACUUUGACCUUUCGCUCAAACCCCAAAUCUGUACACUUCCAUGUGUGGCACAAGUUCAGAUUGCAGCUUCACUCAGCCUUCCAACCACGUGUCAUCAUGCCAAGCCAAGUGGUUCAAGCAUACCCCCCAACCAAUGGUUUUCCCUUCGGAAAUUGCAAUGCUGUUCUCAUUGAUGCUACAGGCAUUGAUGGCAAGAUGAUGAAUUAUGUUGCGCAAGUCCAUCUCAUUUUUCAACCAACAGUUCAACAGGGUUCCAAUUUGGAACUACCAUCUUACCUCUCCGACCCACUUCUCUACGUCCAAGUUUUCCGCUUCAUUCACAAUCCUGAUGACCACCCUGAACUCGCAAUGUGGACUGUGGAGCGCACAUACACGCAGGAUGGAAAUGGUAACCGCUGUAGGGAGGGGGCUGUUGUACGAGUGACAGAUGUGACCCAUGUGGUUGAAUUGAUACCAGUUUAUGGUGAGGCAAUGGCCAACGGCAUGUCCUCUGCAACUUGCUUGGAGAGCUAUGACCGUUUCUUUUUGAACAGCUUUGCAGACAAAGAAAGCUACCAUAUAUCCAGUACUGAGUUUGUGUAG